AUGCCUUCCCGUAGAAGAACUCUCUUGAAGGUUAUCAUCCUCGGCGACAGCGGGGUAGGAAAAACCUCUUUGAUGAAUCAAUAUGUAAACAAGAAGUUUAGCAAUCAAUACAAAGCGACAAUUGGAGCUGAUUUUUUGACCAAGGAAGUUCAGUUUGAAGAUAGGCUCUUUACUUUACAGAUCUGGGAUACUGCUGGGCAGGAAAGAUUCCAAAGCCUUGGUGUUGCUUUCUAUCGUGGCGCUGAUUGUUGUGUUCUUGUAUAUGAUGUCAAUUCAAUGAAAUCUUUUGAUAACCUUAAUAAUUGGAGGGAAGAAUUCCUCAUUCAGGCAAGUCCUUCUGACCCAGAGAAUUUCCCAUUUGUUGUUCUUGGAAACAAGGUAGAUGUGGAUGGUGGAAAUAGCAGAGUGGUUUCAGAGAAAAAGGCACGGGCAUGGUGUGCCUCGAAAGGGAAUAUCCCUUACUUUGAAACCUCCGCCAAGGAAGGCAUUAAUGUUGAGGAAGCUUUCCAAUGCAUAGCAAAGAAUGCCCUUAAGAGUGGGGAAGAGGAAGAGAUAUACUUGCCAGACACCAUUGAUGUUGGAACCAGCAGUCAGCCUAGGUCAACUGGAUGUGAGUGCUAA